UCCUCCGCGCUGUCAUUCUCCGCGGCUCGGCGGCCAGUGCGGACUGCGGUUCCUGCCCGGCGCGCGGGCGCUGUGACUGCUCCUCCGGGGCGGAUCGGGCGACUCUGCAGCGCGUCGGCGCCUCUCGUCCGGGGACUCCGUGGCGUCGCAUUCCGUCGGAGCGGGAGACACGCACCUGGAGCUCAGAGCUCAGCUCUCAGGGACUGGUGGCCGCUACGGCUCUUGCUCCGGUCUUCGGCGCAGUCCGGGUCGCCGCGGCCACCCGGUGCGCCCGGGAGAGUGCGCCGCCCCGGGCGCGGUAGAGCUCAGGCUACAGGGACCGGGAGGAUCCUGCGCCCGCUGCCACCGGCCACAGAGGGCCAGCCCGGAUGCGUGCGGCGGAGUUGCAGCGCUUCUUAGCGCGCUGAAGCCCCAGAAGACCCCUGCCUCCUGAGAGCCAGCCAAGAAAGGAGAGGGAAUCUCCUAUAACAACAUCUGAACGGAACACAUUACCAGAACGUAGAAGUUCUUUUUUGGACAACCAUUUCUCCAAGACUCCUGCCGUAACCUCCAUCCUCCGGCAAAGUAGCACUAAGAGCCACUGCGGUAGAAGUAGUCCAACAGCUGAGCCUUUGAGAUCUUAGCCUGACUCGCUGGGUCCUUCUGCGGGAUUCGGCCGCUCCUGUUUUCAGUGUGCCUCUAAUACUGAAAUACCCGACAACAGUACCUGGGCAUUCUCAGAAGCAUUAGGGCAGGGACAAGGGCUGCCCUAGGAGGACGAAGCCUUCUGGACCCAUGUAAAGAACCGCCUCCACCAGCUGGCCACCCAGCUCCCCGCCAUGGGCCCUGCAGGAAGCACCCUGAGCAGUGGGCACGUGCAGAUGCAGAUGGUUCUAUGGGGAAGUUUGGCUGCUGUGGCUGUGUUCUUCCUCAUCACCUUCCUCAUCUUCCUGUGCUCCAGCUGUGACAGAGAGAAGAAGCCAAAGCAGCACGGUGGGGACCAUGAGAACCUGAUGAAUGUGCCUUCAGACAAGGAGAUGUUCAGCCACUCUGCCACCAGCCUGACAACAGAUGCGCUGGCUAGCAGUGAACAGAACGGGGUGCUCAGCAAUGGCGACAUUCUUUCAGAAGACAGCACCUUAACCUGUAUGCAGCAUUAUGAGGAAGUUCAGACCUCGGCUUCAGAUCUUCUGGACUCCCAGGACAGCACAGGAAAGCCCAAGAGUCACCAGAGCCGAGAGCUGCCCAGGAUCCCCCCUGAGAAUGCCGUGGACGCCAUGCUCACAGCCAGGGCUGUGGAGGGGGACUCCGGGCCUGGCGUGGAGGGGCCCUACGAGGUGCUCAAGGACAGCUCCUCCCAGGAGAACAUGGUGGAGGACUGCCUGUACGAAACUGUGAAGGAAAUCAAGGACAUGACGGACAAAGGCCAGAAUGGCAAGUCCAAGUCCACUUCCGCCUUGAAGGAGCUACAGGGGCCCCACACAGAGGGCAAAGCCGACUUUGCGGAAUAUGCCUCUGUGGACAGGAACAAAAAGUGCCGCCAAAGCAUGAAUGCCGAGAACAUUCUGGGAACUUCCAGUGACCUGGAAGAGGAAGCCCCACCCCCUGUCCCGGUUAAACUCCUGGAUGAGAAUGCGAACCUUCCAGAGAAGGGAGAGAGAGAGGCGGAAGAGCCAGCUACGGAGGGGACCAGUGGACACAGAAAGAGAUUUAGUUCCUUGUCAUACAAGUCUCGGGAAGAAGACCCAACUCUUACAGAAGAGGAGAUCUCAGCGAUGUAUUCCUCAGUGAAUAAACCCGGACAGUCAGCACACAAGCCUGGACCAUCUCCGAAAGGACCAGAGUUUGCCUGCCCCUCCAUGCAGGGAUCCCCUCAGAGGUCACCCUCUUCCUGUAAUGACCUCUAUGCCACUGUGAAAGACUUCGACAAAUCUCCCAACAACAUCAGCACACUCCCCCCAGCAAGGAGAUCGAGUGAGCAACCCGAGCCUGACUACGAAGCCAUACAGACUCUAAACAGAGAGGAAGAGAAGGUCCCCCUGGAGACCAAUGGCCACCUUGUCCCCAAGGAGAAUGACUACGAGAGCAUUGGGGACUUGCAGCAAUGCAGAAAUAUCACCAGGCUCUAGCAGCCCAGAAAGUAGUCCCGAAGAGCCUCGCGCAUCAGGGGACAGCUCCGCCUGGGAUAAGAAGACAUCCAUCUCAGGCUGCUUCAGUUAACUGAAGUCAAGUACAAGUUCACAGCUGUUCCCCAGUUUCUGAAACAGUAAGGUAUGGACUCACCUGUCAGGGCGGGACCCCAUACUCACAGGAAACCCCUGGUACAUGUGACCACCAAAUGCCACAAGGCAGGCAGGCUGUGAGGGGGCGCUCUAUCCACCAAUGUUGAAAUUCCAUCCGUCCGCCUAGAAUCCCACCGCAGCGGUGACCAGCCAGGGUUUUCUUCCUCACCAUUUCUUUGUCUGCUACCAGUGUUAAAAUACCCGGUAUUUCACCACGCCAGACCUCCCCAUGUCUGUGGUUCAUUCCAAGGACUGUCUCCCACGGGCUCGGCGCUAGUUCAGCUAGAUACCAUGAUGGUGAGAAACCCACACUGGUUUCCAUUAGACCGUCCCCUUCCCAGACCUGCGGUGUCUGUCCCUGGGAAUGUGGAAAGUGCAGGCUACUUGGUCUGGGUUGGGGUGUCUUCUGGAGUCUCUGGGGGUGUUUGCUCCUAAUUUUCACACCACAUCUGCAGUCUUUUCACAAGGUACUUGAGGUACUCUAGACACUUUUUAUAUCUUUCUGUUCAAAACCUUCCCCCACAGCGUUCAGAAAUUUGUCAACACCUUUUUUGAAUUCCCUUGACUACUAUGGUACUUCUAAAGUUGUUUAAACCCAGCGCUCUUCCUUCCAAACAGAGCCUUAACGUUUAAGUUGGGACCCGGGCCACACAUGUGGAUGGCAGCCAUGGCGUCUAUCCCCAAAGGGCUUCGGACAUGAAUUUGUGUUUUCAGUGAUCUCUGCUGCCCACAUGUCUGACUUUUCUGUUAUCCGUUGGUAAUCUAAGAGUAAAAUGUAAACAUUUAUUUUAUUAUAUGAAUUUAUAAGAUGUUUUAUGUUUCAUGCCUAAUUUCUAGAAAACACCAGAAAUUAUAUAUUAACUAUUUUGAUUUUAUGUACAAUGAUUUAUACUCUCAAUUUGAAAAGACACCAUAAAGCACAUAAGCUAGAUAAUUAUGAGCAUUCUUUUUUUUUCUUUCUCUAACAAGUAAUGUAACAUUGAAGAUUUGUAAAGACUCAGCUCUCUAAAAGGUACUGGGGACUCCAAAUCCCAAACACUCAGACUGCCAGUGGCAAAAAUGCAAUAGGCAUGAAUAAUUGUGUCAAGGGGUUGUGAUGGACACUACUGAAACAGAACAAAAUCUGACUUAGGAAUUUUGAACUCCCUGAAAGUAGCAGAUUUGCAUUAAAGUCCAAUGGCAUCUUUAAGACAUCGGCACUUGUUAAUACAAAUUGCCUGUCAGACUAUUUUCCUUCAUAUAACAAAAGUCAGUGGCUGGAGUAGCUCAAAUUACAAGUUCAGCCUGGUUUGAAUUUAAUCGUCUCUCUAAAUCUUCCAAGGCCAACAUUGGAAACCAUGUUCACUUUUCACUGAUUCAGACAAAGAGAGAGGCCGCAACCCCUCCUGCCGUGACAUCUGAUUCUAAUGACUUAAUACCCAUGCUGUUUUCCCUCCCUGUGACAAAGAGUGUGACUGGGAGGAUGAAGUGACCAGUCAGCUGUGGCCUGUGUUUCCAUCCCUGUAUUCAUGAACUGGUUUUGUCGCUGGUGUGUACCAUGCUUGUGGAACUGUGAACUCAACUCUCUAAGGUGGUGUCAGUCAACCCAGUCCACCUAUGAAGAUGCCACGUGGAUAAGCAUAGCCACUGCCCAUCAGAAGGUGACAAGGAGGGUACCCCUGGCCCCCGGAGCAGCAGAGGGUAAGGAUCUCCAGCAAACCCCGCUCUGUGUGGAUGAGUUUGACCCAAGCGCCACUCAGGUCACAGGGGUCCCUUAGCACGUGGUGCUACCCAUGACACGGCAUCCCCAGCCUUGUGCGUGCCACAGUGCCGUACUUCACAGGCACUUUACAGCUCAGAAGUUUUGACUAUGUUUUAUAAAAAGUUUUAACUUAGCAGGGAAGCUGGUAUGAGUGCGGGAGUAUAAAACUCUUUCUUUAGAGACAAGUUAUUAUAAAUAAUCAUGUCAACUUGAAACCUUGUUGUCAGAAUGUCCUCAGAGUUUUCAAAUAUAGUAUGCAACAUAGUCAUGAAAUAUGCACUGAAAUCGCUCUCCUGGUCUGAGAACCAGUGAACAAGUUGUGACAGAUGAUAUCUUGAGUACUUUACAAGGAACUGGAAGGCCCUCCGACACAAAUUCCACAAGAAUAAGCAGCAGCUUGUGAGGACUGGGGGAAGGGCGGGCAAGGGAACCAGCUCGCUCAGUUUAGCUUCAGGUGCAUAAUUAUUGUGCAUUUAUUGGUGUGUCGUCAUUGUUUGACUUGAUUAUCUAGGGUUUUUUCAUUUUAUUUUGUUUUGUUAUAACUUUUUACUCAUUUACUUAGUUCAGAAUCUGUCUGAGCUGGACAGAGCCUGUGGUUUGUUAAAUGUUACAGAGUUUAAGUGUAUGAAAGGAAUAAUCAAAGCAGACUUCACCGUAUACAGAAACAUUCACCACUGGUAUCCACAGUGUGCAUCCCGUCAUACCCAGCUCAGGUGGAAUCAUCCACAAAGAGAAAAAUAAGUCAUAAGGUUUUUCCCUUUAAGUCAGAAUUAUAAUUCUAUCUAGAUUAGAAGUAGUUGUUUCCUUUUCCUUAAAUACCUUUGAAAGUCUGAAAGCAUUUAAUGUUCCUUUACAUACUUCCCAAAUGUAAAUCACAAGAAAAGCAUAGACUGUUUUAUGUGAAAUGUUCAAGAAAUUUAAAAGAAAGUCAUUUUUAUAAACAUGCUGGGUGCAUAGUUUUGACUUGUCCUUAUGUAAAUCAUGUCAUUAAAUCUGUAAAACUUAUAAAUAAUAUCAAUAACCUUUGUGAUAAAACGAUUCAUGAUUGUUCUACGGUAAAUUCAACAGAAUUGGAUUCUCCCACAAUAAAUUCUAAUUAAAUGCUAAAAAAACAAUAGACCUUCAACACAGAACUAAAAUCUCACCCAGUAUGCCAGGGUGCUGCUCUUACUUGAUUUUCACCUGUAUGAUUAGAACAUUCCCUGUCUUCACUAGUGGUAAACUAUAUGUAUGUAUGUAUGUAUGUAUGUAUGUAUGUAUGUAUGUACAUAUGUAGGUAUUGUGUGUUGCUGGCACAGUCCUGAUACUAAUUAGGCUGUGUUCUAUCGUAUAUUUGAAAAGUUUAUCCCACUAGUAUGAUGAACUUGUGUCAUAACAGCAGAAUUAAACCAUUCUCCAUCAGUUACAUUUUGUAAUUAUGGGAUGCCUUCCUGAGCUGCUUUCAUUUAGUUUCCCCAAUGAAUACAUUCAGAUUUUAAAUUGCGUUCAUAAUUCUCCCAGUUGAAAAACAAUGCUGUCUGAAGAUGCCUUUGUUAUACUCAAGACACGGUACAUAUUCAGUCUGAGACAAGGAAUGGAAACAGGUGUACUACUCAGUGUGUGUCAAGGAAGAGAGUAAGCCAAAAGCAACAAAAGAGGAACCCGGAGCCUGGCUGGCAGGCAAGGUGGCCUACCAGGUAACUGAAACCAGUUAUCACAUGGAGGGAUCUGUUUUAUUCCUUGUUAAAACCCAAGCACUUGCAGCAGGACCAGUGGAUACUGGAAAAUGGAUGUACAAAGCCUGUCUUGUGACAAUGCAGUGGCCGAUUCCAGACUGAAGCAGGAUUUUGUCAAUGGGUAAAUGACACUGAUCCUGGUGCUCCUUGCUAUGGUGGAUAGGAAUCCCUGUGAUCUGGGGUACCAUUCUUCUGAAAGUGUUGGUCUCUGGCACACAGACUGCUUAGAGCUGGCUGCUGGAGUCACAGUCUGUAUUGAGGGUUAUUUCCUGGAAACCCUGACAGGUGUAUUAUACUGUGCCAAGGGGACACUGAAAGUGUAACGGUUGGUGUUACUGAGUGGCUGAUGUGACAAUAGUAACUUGUGUGGACAGAAUCAAACGUGGGUUUAUUCACAUUAUCGUCUGCAUCCUCCUUCCUUGCUGGGACCUGUGUCUGUUCUUCAGGGCAUUAUUCCUGACAGGGCAUCAAGCUGAAAACACUGUGCUGCAAGAACUUCACUUAACGAAAUCAGCACAGAACACAGGAAAAUUAUUAUUUUUAUCUGGAAUUAGGAAAUAAAAUGUUAAAAAUUAUGGUCCUGACGAGAAAGAACAUCUGUAUGGUUUUUUAAAUCCUAUUUUUGCUCAUUUUCAAGCCUUUUUAUUUUUUACAUCUUAUCUCUAAAUAUUUGUAUUUUAUUGUAUUUUUUCAAGCUUUUUAACUUAACUGGAAAUACUUGCUCAGAUUCUUAAUAUCAGAUGAAAUUGGAAGCAUAAUCUUGUUUAAAAUGUAAUAGUAAAGAUCAUUCCAUUUAAUUUUCAUUUAUUCUAAUAUAGACUUUUCCCAAGGAUUGUCACUGAUAUUCUGUGGGUUUUGUUUUAAGAUGUAGGAGCUGGGCAUAGUAGCUCAUGCCUGUAAUCCUAUAACUUUGGAGAGUGGACAGGAAGAUCUUGAGUUCAAUGCCAUCCUGUUUCUAAAUAAAAUAUUCUGGUUAUCUCAAGUCAUCUUAUAUGUGUUAUAAAGGUUGGUGACUGUCCCUCAUUAGACUUCUGUGUUAACCUGGCAUAGGAAAACGUUAUGUUGUCAGCUGUUUAACAAUCGUGUUGCUUUACAUGCCUUGUGUUUUCUGGGGGAGUUUGAAAUCAAACCUGAUAAAUACACUAUCAUAAGUACGGUUUGUAUUUCUCAUUCAAGCACUUUCUGUCAUAAGUGUUUCUGUUGCUCUUUUUUUUUUCCUGAAGCCGGUCUAGAAUAUCAGUUCCUCCAUGCUACUUUAGAGGGCUGCCAACUCCCCAGGAGGAUUGAGAAAUCAUUCGCAGUGUUUAUCUAGUGAAGAUGCUAUAUGAAAUGCCUGCAGUGUUAAGUCUGGGGCUCUGACCCAUGUCUUUUUAGGACUUUUUUUUUAAGUAUCAAAUACACAUUUGACCCCAAAGGGAAUUAAAAAAAUAACAUUUGACCUAAGUGUUGUGAGUGGCUUCCUGAUUAUGUUCAUCUCUCAAAAAUACGUUAUCCUGUCUUGGAAUCUCUUAAGGCAAUAGUUCCCAACCUUCCUGAUGCUGCAACCCUUUAAUACAGUUCCACAUGUUGGGGUGACCCCCAACCAUAAAGGUAUUUUGUUGCCACUUCAUAACUAACUUUGCUACUAUUAUGAAUUGUAAUAUAAAUAUCUGCAGAAUAUCUGGUACGCAACCCCAAAGGGGUCAUGACCCACAGGUUGAGAACCCCUGUCUUAAAGUGUAAACAGUAAAUGUGUAUAAAUGAGGACAAUUAACUCAAAUAUUAAACUUGUUCUUUAGAUAUUUUCUUUGCAACUCAAGAGUAAACCAAGUUCAUGGAGAACGUAGUGUGGUCAUGAAAGAUGUAGUCUGUAAGCCAGGAGAAGCAGCCUUUCAAGUGUAUUUUUUCUAAGGACUCUGUUUCAGCUAGGAAGAUCAACUCCUGGAAUAAAAUAACAAAACUCCCAUAGCCUUUCCAGUAGAAUAUUGCAUCGGUCUGCCAUCACCCCAGGGUGUUGGUUCCUGCCUGCAGUGUUUCAACAAUUUGUAUGGGGGAGCACAUUUUUAAAAUGUCUUGGAAAAGUGAAUUAAUGUAUUGAAUUAAAUCCUCCAGUUUAGUCUAAAGAGAAUUAUUGGUUUUGGAGACAAGAGUAUAGGGCUGUGGUCCCUGUUCCAUCACCAACUUGACUAUGUGACUUCAAGCAAAUGAUUGAACUUCUCUGUGCCUCAGUUUCUCCAUAUUACAAAAUGGGGAUAAUGAUAAUCAACCAUUGCCUACCUCAUAGGGAUGCUUUGAGGACAAGUAAGAUGAUGUAGAUGAGUAUGAAUGCUUCGACCUCCUUGAAAGGUGCUAUAGAUUAAGGUUGCAUCAUUUUUAAUGAUCCAGUUCAUUGUAUUUAGAAUUAGCUAAUAGCAAUACUUUUGUCAUGUUUCAAUUCAAGGCAUAUUUCUACUCCUCUUCUAUGGCCAGAUCCCAAGUUUCCAUUCAGUCAUGGUAUCUAAGGAACUGACACGGGUGUUUGUCUUCUGUCUCUGAUGGUAAUAUGUCGAUUCUGAGUAGUCAUAAAGGCUGGAGUUUAACUUGUGAUGUCUUCUAGUUUACAUGUAAUGAACCUUAUUCAAGUUGUAUAUUAAAAGUAUAAUUACUUGUAAAUAACAGGUACGUUGUAAUUAAGGGCACUUAUCAACUUGUCUUUGUUCUUUUUAAAAUUGUAAUAAAGGUCAGUUUUAUAUAAAA